GGUCAGAGGUCAUACGAGGUCAGAGAACUAUUUCACCUGUGUGUAGUUCGACCAGUACGAGUGAUUUAUGUGAUUUAAAUCUUUAUAUAAAAACUAGACGACGUGUCAGCUCAAAGCAGGAAAGUUUAAGAGGCUACGUUGCAGAGAUCUGGAGUGUCGACGUUGACAACUAUGCCCUGAAGGUUGGAAGAGAUUUGUGGAUACGAGGUGGUGGUUACGUUGUUGUUGCGAGGAGACUUUUUGACAAAGACUGAUCCAGGCAGGUGCACAGCUGCAUGCACCUGCAGCAGCAAAGUAAUUGCAUGGAGCAACCACAAAGCAUGGGACCGAUUCGAUUCCGCCUUGUGCACCUGAAGAGAAUCUCUAUCCUGGCAGUCGUGGUUAUCGUGAUCGUGUCCUGGUACAUCUCCAGUCAGCCAGACAAAUCCCCCGUAGCCAAAACCGUCUUCCUGGACAUGGAAAAAAAUUUAGGACAACAACUUCACGUCGCCGACGUUGACAUUCACGAAAGGGGAGUGGCGAAGAAGCGUAUGAUGGGGUUGCGGGCUGACGGUGCUAACUUCACCCUGGAUGGGAAACCGGUCCGACUUCUGUCCGGAGCCAUGCACUACUUCCGAGUCGUGCCCGAGUACUGGAGAGACAGGAUGUUGAAGAUGAAGGCAGCUGGGCUGAACACACUUGAGACAUAUGUGCCUUGGAAUCUUCAUGAACCCAAGAAGUAUACAUAUAACUUUAAAGGAAUAUUAGAUCUUGGGAGGUAUCUAGACAUAGCUCACGAGGUUGGCUUGUGGGUGAUCCUCAGACCAGGUCCCUACAUCUGUGCAGAGUGGGAGUUUGGAGGACUGCCAGGGUGGUUGGCAACUGCAAAGGAACAUGUGAGGACUACCCGUCCACUGUUUAUGGAUCCUGUGGAGGUGUGGUUUGGGAGACUACUGGCUGAGGUGGUGCCACGUCAGUACACCAAUGGAGGGCCUAUCAUAGCUGUGCAGAUAGAGAAUGAGUAUGGCUCGUAUGGCAACGACACAGCUUAUAUGGAAAGGCUGGAAAAGAUUCUGGAGUCCAGGGGAAUCGUUGAGCUUCUCUUCACAUCAGAUAACUUAGGUGGCCUGUUCAAAGGAGGAGUACCAGGAGUGUUGAAAACUAUCAACUUCCAGGACAAUGCCACGCACAGGUUACAAAAUUUAAAAGAAAUGCAGCCUGACCGUCCCAUGAUGGUGAUGGAAUACUGGACCGGCUGGUUUGACCACUGGAGAGAGGACCACCACAUCUACAGGCUGGAAAAGUUUGAAAGAAACUUGAUAGAAAUCCUGGACGCCGGAGCCUCUGUAAAUUUCUACAUGUUCCAUGGGGGCACAAACUUUGGUUUUAUGAAUGGUGCCAACACACAGUACAAGACUGGGGGCAGGACCCUCCCUACUGUCACUAGUUAUGAUUAUGAUGCACCAAUCUCAGAGACUGGUGACUUGACUCCAAAGUAUUUCAAAAUCAGGGAGAUAUUGAAGAGCCACACACCACCUGGUGUUGUGCCUGAGAGAUUACCAGAGCCCCCAACCACUGUAGGGAAGUUUGACUAUGGAAGAACAACUGUGACCAAGGCAUUACCUUUGGAUAAAGUUCUUCCACUCCUGGAGCAGCCAAUAUCAUCCACCCAACAGAAUGUCCAUGGUCUUGGUUAUGGGUACAUGCUGUAUACAGCAACAGUAAACCAGAAGCCUGAGAGGCUAACAGUGAAAGGUGUCGUCAGGGAUCGAGCACUGGUGAUGAUCAAUGACAUCUUUGUUGGUGAAAUGGAUGAAGACACUGAGGACAUUGAGCUUGAUCAUAGUCUGAUCAAGGGAGAUCCUCCAUACACCCUGAAGAUCCUUGUAGAAAACCAGGGAAGAGUCAACUAUGGCAGUGGGCUCAAGAAUCAAAUAAAAGGGAUUAUAGGGGACGUGUACAUCAACACAGAGGAAAAAGUAGCAGAGUUUAAAGUCUACACACUGGACAUGUCAGAGAAUUUCCUCCAGAAGUUAUCAGCAUACAGUGACUGGACAUCGGGCACAGAAUUGAACCAAGUAAAGACUCCUGCAUUCUACAGGGCAACCUUUACUGUGGAGGGUAGACCUAAGGACACAUUUGUACAUAUGUUUAAGGGAAACUGGGAGAAGGGUGUGGUUAUUGUAAACCACAACAACCUGGGGAGAUACUGGAACAUCGGACCCCAACAAACCUUGUACCUACCUGCACCUUUCCUUAAAGAAGGGGAGAAUGAGAUAAUUGUGUUUGAGGAGAGGACGUCUGCUCCGGAAGUGCUGUUCUGUGACAAGCCCAGUUUGGGAGAAAUUGUGUACUUCAGGGAAUGAUGGAUCUAGAUGAAUAUGCAACAAAACUCUUGUAGUUGUACCCCCUUUCACACUAGAGGUGGAGUUUGCUAGAAUGCCGUCUGAAUGAAAAUUCUUUAUACAGUCCUCAGGAUAUUUGAAGUGUGUUCUAAAAAUUCUCCCUGCAUUCCAGAUACAUUUGUACCUGUUCUUGUUGUUGCUGGCCCAAAUGGUCUGGUCAUCCUGAAAACUUUCUAGUUGACUUUGAAGUGGAGAAAUAUUGAACGGCAUUCAAAGUGUAUUCUAACUACAGUAUGCAUUCUAAAAAUAUAUAUUCCUACAGCAUUCCUACAACAUCGCAUUCAAAGGAGAACUGAAAUAGGCCCUAACAUAUAGAAUACUCCCAAAUUUUCAGAAUUCACCCGGUACUUUGAGUUGCCAGGAAUAUACAAAAAAUUCUUAUUGUGGUCCAGGCAUUCUGGCUCAUUCUGCCUCUAGUGUGAAGGGGCUAUAUGUAUGAUACAAUGUAUAACUAGGGUUUCCCAAAUGUGUUGCCAUUUCGUCAGUUCUUCAUUCCUUCUGUUUCUACUUAAAUCCAUGCUGAUUUGGAAUACUAGUAAGUGUUAAGGGGCCUUCAUGAAAUGAAACUUGACUGACUUCUAUGGUGGUACUUGUACUUGCUGAUGUAGACAUUCAAAUGGCCAUAGGAGAUUGAGACUCUGCCACAAAUGACGCCCCUCUCAAGGAGGAUAAAGUCUUGAAUCAGAUAUUUCAUUUUGAUUCAAUAUUGUUUCUUUAUGCAGAGUCACUGCUGAGUUACAAUACCCACCAUGAUUAGCCAAAAUUUUCUAAUACUACAUGUAUACUGUGAAUAGCAGAUUAGCCUCAAUCAUUGGCUGUGGUUCAUAAUUAUGAGCAAAAUGGUCAUGAGUUUUGUAGAAAAAAAAAGUUGUAUGUUGUAUAUUAGUUAUAAUAUAUUGGAGAAAUAAGGAAAGAUAUGGUGUUUCUUCUUUGUACUUUUUAGAAAGAUACAUACCUCUUUAACUUUCCUUAGGAAGAAUUCUGCAUAUUACAAGGUCAAGUUUAGUGUUUUGCAUGUAUUUUGUGCACUGUGCCCAAGUUUUGGUAUACAAUGAAACUUCAAAGUCAACAGAUUUUAUUGAUUUAGCUAUAGAAGUACAUUCUUCCCAUGUCUCUUUUUCUUCUUUUUUUUUAAACUCUUCCAAAAGAAUGAAUUCUCACAACCAGGUUGAAGAGUUUGUGUUUCGAACUUUUUUAGGGGUAUUGUACGUGUACAAUAUUCAUUAGCCUGGGUGCCAUCCGAUUUUUAAUGGCUACCCCAAAAAAUCUUUUCAGGGUAACCGUUACAAAUCAGAGGGCACCCAGGCUACAGUAUUAAUGCCAUUGUCUUUCCUUCAGCAGUUUAAAAGUGCCUCCAAACCACCAUAUAUUGGUGUUGUAACUAACUGCCAAAUCAUAAGUUUAUAAAAAAGCAAAUGUUCACAAUAGGGCUGUGUUAACUUAACAUAUACAUGUAGACCAAUAUCCUGUAUUUUAGCUGUCUGGUCUGUAUCCAAGACCCUGUUACAGUAAUAUUUAUAAGGUAUCAUUAAGGAAGAGGGAUUCGAAGAUUUAUUUAUAAUCUGAGGUUUGUAUAUAUUUCCUUUAGUUUCAACCUUUUGGGCAAUUAUACUGUACGUACUUGGGUAAAUAUUAAAAAGAAGAAGAGAGAUGAGCUCUUUUUUAAAGAAAUUUUCUUUUGUUGCAAUGUUGGUAUAGAUCGUGUAUUUUGACAAAACGUGGGUGUGUAACAUUAGUAAGUUUUUUUCUGUCAAUUUAUUUAAGAGUUAGGCCACACCAAUUUGAUUUGUUGGUUCUCGGAUUGAUUCGCCUCUUCAUUUUUUUCU